AUGCGCAACUUCAUGAGCAAUUAUAUUACAAGAACAGUCCAUUCAGAAGAAAUAACUAAAAUCUUCAACAGAGUGACUAAACUAUUUCCACACUUUAAAUUAGGGGCAAGGCAUCUAAUAUGCACCCACAGGAGCAGACAGCAGAGUUUCUCUGAUAUGUUAGACAGGGCAAUAUUCUGUGGGCUAAAAGGGUCCAUGGAGCACCCCAGAACAAAAGUGUAUGUGCUUGCUAAUUUGGCGAGGGAUAUACUUGCAUACUUUAUAAUUCUGUGUGCAGAUGAGCAGAAUACUGUUAGGGGUGAGUUUCAGGCGAUUUACAGGGUAAUUGAGUCUAGAGCAUCUGCCCUGGUGGGGGAUUUUAGCCGAGAUUUUUUCGAAAAUCUUAUGAAUAAUGUAUUUGGAGUGGGAAAGCACACUCUCAAGGACAGCAGCAACAUAUCGACCAUUAAAAGGAGAGCCAAUGUCAUUACGCACUGGCCCAUGCGACUGUUCAGAAGGACCAGCCACACGAAUACUUCUGUGCAGGAUAUGACAUACUCUGAUAUUCUGAAAGACUUCCACUUUGCCAUAUAUCAGAGCAAAGAUAGCAUACUAACAGGACAGGACACUGGUGCGUGGUCCAUGGUUAGGGAGCUGUACACUCGUACUAUGGAGAGGGCGGGAGAGACACCCUCUUCAAUGAAGGAAGUUUCUUUUAUUUUGCAGGUUGACAGAGCGUGCCGUGACUAUUCUCCUCCUUUAUUGAUUGGUGGGGGGAUAGUUGGUGGCCUGCGCGUAAUCAGGAAGAAGUACUUUGAGAAUGUGGUGGAGCUGGCGUGCAGUGACACAAAGGGGUAUCCCAUUAGAGAGCUACUAAAGGAUGCCAAAGUGUAUAUGUAUGCACCACUGAUACAAGGAAUAAUUAAUGUUUUAACCACAUGCGGUGCAACUAAAGAAGACAUUCUUCCGUAUACACGUCUUUUAUCAGCAGAGGCAGACGAGUUAUUUAAUCUGCCUGAGGAGAAGCAGAAGAGAGCAGAAGCCAUUCUUCUGGAGUCCAUUAAAAUUUGUGAUGAAGUUAUUGCUGCGAUGGGAAAGUCUCCCAGCAGGGAGCGAGAACUUAAAAUCAUCCGAGGUGAGAUAAUGAUGAUCAAUAAGAUUCUUUUGGGGAGCAAGUUGGUCCUACCACAAAAAGUCACUCCAGAGCAGGAGAUUGUUAUUGAUGCAUUGGUUGAGGAGUGUGCCAGAGUAUGGGAAAGGUUUAUGGGGACUGGGUCUAAGCCAAGCAAUAGUGCCUAUUCAAAGAAGGCACAUGCUGAAUUCCCGUACUUCUCGAAAGUGUACAAGACUGUUGCGCAGCCCGAGGAAAUUGCAGAUAUAGCUAUGGAGGGACUAGAAACAGCAAAUAUUUCAGAGUCUGCUGCAGUAGAAAAACAAGAAAAGCCAGCUGAGCCAGCUGAGCCGUCUUUUACUGCUUCUACGCUGGAUUUACCAGAGUCAGUAUCAAGCACACCAGCAGAGGCGUGUGUUGAAGAGGCUGCAUCACCCAAUGAUGUUUCUGCGAAUAUUCCAUCUGUAAUACGCACAAUUUCAUCGGCGCCCCUUGUGAAAAAGGCAAGUCCAAGUUCAUCUAUUUUUAGCACUCCUGUGAGUGGUGGUGUAGGGCAGUCACCAAAAGAGCAGCCGUGUUCUGACAUGCGGUGCAAAGUGUAUUCUGUUGGGGAGGAGGAUCAGCACUUAAAGAAACUCUCAGCGGCAAUAGAUGUGCAGGAAGAGUCAGAGAAAAGAGGCAAGCGGAUCGAUGAACUACGGCAGUAUUUCGGUGGGUUAAAGUAUGCGUGCUUCUACUCUCGGAAUGUUCCUGACCACUUAAAGAAUCUUUUUAAGUGCGCUCCAAGCAUUUACAACAAAGUGAAGAGGCUAUACGACAGGAACUUCACUGAUGUACUGGCAGUUGAGGAGAUUAGAGUGUGCAGGCGCAGUAUGUUCAGAGAUGCGUAUUCAGAGAUUCUGAAUGCACGCCCUGACAGUGAAAUACUUAUGCACCUACGUGAUGACAUAAUAGUCACAAAGUAUAUGGACAUGCUUAAAGAAAGAACUAUUGAAAAGCUCAUUGCACUGGAGAGGGAGAAGAAAGAGAAGGAGUUACAUAAGGCAAGGGAAAAGCCCAAGUUAAAAGGGGUUAAACGGCUAAUGAAAAAAGUAUCCAGUGCAUUUGAGUCAUUCUUUAAGAAACAGGAAGUUCUUCCCAGUGUAGAGGAAGAGUUACACAACUGGGAGGUUUCCAGAAGGGAGGAGAUGGAUUCAGAGGUAAUAUUCACAAAGAAUUCUUCACAGCGGGUUUCCCAUGGGUUCUUAAACGUAUCCAAAGCCCUAGUUGAUCUGAUAAAGUACACUCCGGGCUAUGUAUACAGAAAAACCCCAGAGACAGUGGAUGUUACAGAGAAGUAUGCAGCCUGGAUUGACAGGGAAGAACCCGUGGAUUAUGAAGAAAUCAAGAAGAACCCAGACCAAUUACGUGCCCUCUCUAUGGUAUUCAACAGAUAUAUCAGAAACUACAAUGGCGGGGUAGUGUCAAAGUAUUUAUAUGUAGCUAUAGCAGAGAGAGCAGGAAAGGUUCCACUGGAAAAGGUUGAUUAUGGUAUGGGACUAAUGAUGCUUGCCACAAUGGGAUCAAAUACGCUCUGGCUGUUAAAGCAUGUUGUUUAUACUGUUGAACAAGUGGCAAAGUAUGAAGAGACUAAUUUUAUGUCCUAUCAGAGCAUUGUAAACAUUGUAGCACCCAAUUUACUAGCAGAUGAUGUUCCGUAUUCAAUGGAUACGUUCGUGAUUGUUUUAGAGAUGGCGCACUCUCUCUUUGCAGCCACCAGAAAUAUUUCAUUUAUGGAAGAAUUCUAUGCAUAAUUAAAUAAACA